UCUCCUUCAAACACAUUAACUCUGAUUUCUUUUCCCUCAAAGUCCUACACAGUUGUCUCCUUCUCCUUCCUGAAAAUGGUGCAAUCAAAGAAGUUCAGAGGCGUUAGACAGCGCCAUUGGGGUUCUUGGGUGUCUGAAAUUCGUCAUCCUUUGUUGAAAAGGAGAGUGUGGUUGGGCACAUUUGACACAGCAGAGCAAGCCGCCAGGGCAUAUGAUGAAGCAGCCAUUUUGAUGAGCGGAAGAAAUGCAAAAACCAAUUUCCCAAUAACCCACGACUCAGAAGGCGAGCCAAAGACCACCGAACCCAACAACCAAAAACACGCAACAAUCCCAUCAUCAUCAUCAAAAGCUCUGUCUGAAAUCCUGCACGCGAAGCUCAGAAGGUGCAGCAAAGUCCCCACGCCAUCCCUCACCUGCCUGCGCCUCGACACCGAGAAUUCCCACAUCGGAGUGUGGCAGAAACGCGCCGGUCAGAGCUCCGACUCCAAGUGGGUUAUGACCAUCGAGCUGCAGAAGAAGAACGGCGGCGGCAAUGGCGAGAGGGUAGAAGAAGGGAUGAUGGAUUGUUCCAAGAAGGCGCCGGAGAUAAUGGUGGAUGGCGGCAGAGGCGUACGGAGCGGAUUGGAUGAGGAAGAAAGGCUUGCCCUUCAGAUGAUUGAAGAGCUCCUUCAGAUAAACACUCCUAAUUGCCCUUCGUUUGAUGCUCAAGCGGAAGAGAAUAGCUUUUGCAUUUAAUUUAGUGCAUGUUCUUAAGCAAAUACGCAGUAAUAAUAAUCAAUGAAU